AUGAAGCUGUGUGUAGUGGCCUUCUGCUUGAUCCUCCUUGCAGCAGCUUUGUGGGUGGGCCUCUCAACAUCUGAGUCCACUGAAGAAGGAGGGAAACCUGAAGGAGGGAAACCCGGAAAAGGGAGACCACCGGCAGGAGGAGGUGGAGGAGCAAAAGGAUGUGUUGCUCAACCCUUGCCAUCAGCAGAAGUCUCGUUAUGCAGGAACCUUGAAGUUGUAUACCCAGAGCUGGGCAGUAUCAGCUGCAAGGUCGUUCCUGUGUGUAAUAAAUUCAGAGAGAAGAUCACCAUGUGGCCUGCGCCCAGAGUCAAGUUCCCCUCAGCUGUGGAAGUGAGUGGAUUGGGUUAG